AUUACACACACACACACACACACACACACACACAUAAUAUAGUGGCGUUUAAUGGAAUGUGUUUGUGUUUAAACCGAGCUGUAGUUUGAGGACGACACACACACCGACUCCCUGUGUUUUAGCAGGGCCACAUUGACGUGGGUCCAGGGUUGCAGGUAUGAUAGUGGUGGACCUGAAGCAGAAAGGAACUGCAGCCAGGGUGAGGGAAAGAUUGAAGAUGUCUGUAGUUACGCUGUUAAUUUCCAGCGAGGAGAUUGCUUUUUGCUCUGACGCAGAAUCCUCUCCACACACCUGUUCUCACCUGUGCAGUGCUGAUGCGGUUGGUGUGUUCUCAGACAUGAAAUCCUGCAGUAUUCUUCACAGUGUACAGUGUUUACUCAUCCUCCGGUUCAACAUUGUAUCAGCACUGUCUUUCACCACGGUAAAGGCGAAGCUCCAUCAGUCUGUUGACCUCACCUGUGAACAAAAGUGCCCUGGAUCCCUAAAGUGGAUCGUGGAUUAUCAGCCAGAUGAUGCUCUGGCUCAGUGUGAUCAGACAUCCUGCAGCUCGAAGGAGGGAUAUCAGAUCUCCUAUGAUCAGUACAGGAAAGGAUAUAUUUCUCUCACCAUCAUGGAAGCUGAUUACACUAAGAGGUCCUUCUAUGCUUGUGAGUGCAAUGCUGAAGACCUCUGUCAUGUGUGGGUCUGCAUUGAGUCCGUGUCGUCAUCAGUUCAGCUUAAGCCUGGUGAAGAUCUGAUCCUGGUGUUGCCCAUACCAGGGCCAGUGGAGGUCAUUUAUAACACCAGUGAUUCAUCUGGUCCAUGCUGUGAACUAAUCUGUACUGUGGUUGGAGGAUCACUACAUUGUGAAGAUGAAUACUCCCUCAGAGUAUCACUCCGUUACCCAAACCUGACGCUGGAAGCUGUAAAUGUGUCUGAUAACGGAGUCUACAUUGUCCGGGACAGAAAGCACAAUGAAGAUCUUCAUGUUUACAAUGUCUCUGUGGAAGAUACAAACAUAAAGCAGACGAGCGCACCGCCGGAGGAACUGAUAGUGGGACUUGUGGUGUUGCUGGUUGGUGCUGCAGGGUUGAUAUCUGUGUACCUAACGAGAACCACAGUGUUGGUAAAUAACACUUGUGCCAUAGAGAAGGAAGAGCAUGCAGAGAGAGAGAGAGAGAGAUACAGCGUCAUAGCAGAGCGAGCAUGAAGCAUUUUAUCCCCUAUUCAUGCCAUGGAGAGCUAACAGUUGAUGGCGGAAAGGAAAAAUGUCCAAAUUGUUUUAUUACCUGAGCAUUUUUUUUUAAAACUACCUUUACAUUUCACUUCAGUUUCCCUGCGUAAUUUCAAUUAAAAAGGAAUUCAACUUAAAACUGAAGCACACGGUACAUCCUACUCAGUCCAGUGAGGCACCUACAGAGGAGACGGCUGGAGGAACCCAUAAUCAAGGCACUAAUGUCCGAGUGAACAUGAGCAAGACCUUUCUAUUAAAACAUCCUCGCUUUUAUGACCGGAUUUCCCACUAGAUCCUGGAACGUGGCUGCUGGGAUUCGCCUCCAUUCAGCCACAUGAACAUUUUAAUAUUUUGUCAUUUUGAUUUUAAGAACAAACAUUCAGUCUGUUCAUCUCAAAUAUUUUUGAGCUCUGUCCACGGUAGAGAAACUCAACAAACAAAGCUUUCUUUGUGUACGAGGACACAGUCAUGCCGGAAUAAGAAAGGGCAUUCUCCAGUCCAGAUUGGUUACCACAAUGAUGGAAGCACUCAGCCCUCAGGAAUGUCGCAGUGUGACCUAGCAUUAAGAUUUCUCUUUGCUGGAAAUUAGGGGACCAAACCAUGAAUUGGAAGACAUGUCCACAAAUGUUUACAAUUGUAGUAGUAUCCUUCUAAAGUUCCUGGCAAGAACAUGUAGCAGGACACUACGUUCUCAUGCAAUCUUAGAUGUUUAUAAGCAGUGAGAGACAAUAUCAGUUAGUGAUAAAAACCCUAUUCCUGACAAAUAUUUUUAUAUUUUGUAGACCUUCCAACCUUUAGGCAUUUUCCUGCGAUCCUGCCACCCUUUUUUUGGUGGUGGUGUUCAAAGUACUGGUAUGCACACAGUACAGAAUCGUGUCUUUGUGUGUGUGUGUGUGUGUGUGUGUGUGUGUGUGUGUGUGGCACAGAGAGGACUAGUGCCAUAACCAAACUGUCAAAGAUCACUCCUGUACAGCUGCAAGGCGUGAGUGUGAUGUUUAUUCUGUUGAAGUUUCACAUCACCAGCACUGGGGUUAUAUUAUGAGCGUGCAGCACAUGAGUGAUGAAUGACGCUGCUUUUAUACAACACUUCUAUAAACAAGAAAUGAAUAUGGACCGACUGAAAUCUCAGACACAAAUAACCUAUUAUAUAAUAAGAAUCCACAUCUGGAUAGAGCGUUCCGUGUUGCCGUGGUAACGCUCAGACUGACUGAUAGCCUGGCAUUAGUUUAUCAGGUAAGACUGUGUACUUUUUGUAAAAGUCUGUUCAUGCUGUAGUAAAUAUCUGCGUGCUCAGAACGCCGCUCGUCCAGUCAGAUUAGACCGGAAUUAACCGCUGUAUAAAUAAAGCUCUAGGACGUUCUCUACUGCGUCUGCUCUUGCUGACUCAGCAGUACUUUUUUAGAGUAUUAACCCUUUCAUAUCAUUAAUACUUGAAAGCUUUCCUGGCUAACAUUUUCUGUGUGUGUGUGUGUGUGUGUGUGUGUGUGUGUGUGUGUGUGUGUGUAAAUGUCAUUGUGUCCUGCAGCAUUAAGUUUCUCCGGUACUGAAAUUAUUUGGGCCUAGCUGUCAUUUUAGAAGCGAUGGACUUUUGUGUUAGUGUUAUACUUACAGUACUGUACGUUGUGUUCUCUUUAUGCUUUUAUUUCAUUUAUUUAAAGAAUGUAUAAUUGGUGCUGUAUCAGUGAGUAUUGUAAUCUCCUCAGAGAUCCACGGUUCCUAGUUCGAGCCUGACCUUGGGUUACUCUGUGUGUGUGUGUGUGUGUGUGUGUGUGUGUGUGUGUAUUUGACACCCAGUAUUCCUGGGAUAGACUCCAGAUCCACCCUGAGCAGGAUACAGAGAUUAGUUAUAUUUUAAUAUGAGAAUUGUCAAUAAAAGACUUGUGCCUUAAUAAAUCACAAUGAAAUGAUGAUAUA